GCGGGGAAUCAGAGGAGCGAAACGGCAGAGCGGAGAGUCAUUUAGGGUUAAUAAUAUUCCGCCGUGGGGGGGAGCGGGGGAGGACACACACACAGACAGACACACACAUAAACUGCCAACCCGGCGACGAGGUUGGGCCUGCGGUGCCUGCCUGCAACCCAGGAAACAUGGAGCUCGAGAAUAUCGUGGCCAACACUGUUCUGCUGAAGGCGAGAGAAGGAGGGGGUGGGAACAGAAAAGGCAAGAGCAAGAAAUGGAAACAGAUGCUUCAGUUCCCUCACAUAAGCCUGUGCGAGGAGUUACGUCAGACUAUAGAGAAAGACUACAACAGCCUUUGCGAGAGGCAGCCAAUCGGACGCUUGCUAUUCCGGCAGUUCUGCGACACCAGGCCAGAGUUGAGGCGCUGUGUCAAAUUUUUGGAUGCUGUGGCGGAGUAUGAAGUUACGCCAGAUGAGAAGAGAAAGGACUAUGGACAGGAGCUCUUGGACAAGUACCUCAGUCAGAAGUCAGAGGACUAUGUCCCUGAGGUAACAGAGGAGAUGGUGACUAAGUGUGCAGAACGCUUGCAACAGGAGGCAUGUAAAGAGCUCUUCAUGGAGUGCACCAAAUUGAUCCAUGACUUCCUGAGCAUGGCCCCCUUCGCAGACUACCUCGAUAGUAUGUACUACAGUCGCUUCUUACAGUGGAAAUGGCUUGAGAGACAGCCAGUCACAAAAAACACAUUCCGUCAGUAUAGGGUUUUGGGAAAGGGAGGCUUUGGCGAGGUCUGUGCAUGCCAGGUGCGGGCCACAGGAAAGAUGUAUGCCUGCAAAAAGCUGGAGAAGAAACGCAUCAAAAAGAGGAAAGGAGAGUCCAUGGCACUGAAUGAGAAGCAGAUUCUGGAGAAAGUCAACAGUCUGUUUGUUGUGAGUCUCGCAUAUGCAUACGAGACGAAAGAUGCCCUGUGUUUGGUGCUCACGCUGAUGAAUGGAGGGGACCUGAAGUUCCAUAUCUACCACAUGGGAGAUUCAGGUUUUGACGAGAAUAGAGCCGUGUUUUAUGCUGCUGAGAUCUGCUGUGGGUUAGAAGACCUCCAUCGUGAGAGGAUAGUAUACAGGGAUUUGAAGCCAGAAAAUAUACUACUGGACGAUCAUGGUCAUAUACGUAUAUCAGACCUGGGCCUGGCUGUGUAUGUACCAGAAGGUCAGACAAUCAAAGGACGGGUGGGAACUGUAGGGUACAUGGCCCCAGAGGUAGUGAAGAAUGAGCGUUACACAUUCAGUCCAGACUGGUGGGCUCUCGGCUGUCUUCUAUAUGAGAUGAUCCAGGGCCAAUCACCCUUUCAGCAGCGCAAGAAAAAAAUCAAGCGUGAAGAAGUGGAGCGGCUAGUGAAAGAGGUGGAGGAAGAAUAUUCCAGCAAGUUCUCAGAGGAUGCCAAAUCACUCUGUCAAAUGCUGCUAGCCAAAGACCCUAAUGAGAGGCUUGGCUGUCAGGGGGAUGGAGCCACAGAGGUGAAAGGCCACCCUAUUUUUCGUUCCAUCAACUUCAAGCGACUUGCAGCAGGCAUGCUCGAAGCACCCUUUAUUCCAGAUCCUCAGGCCAUCUACUGUAAGGAUGUGUUGGACAUCGAACAGUUCUCCACAGUGAAAGGGGUGGAGCUGGAGCCCAAAGACGACUCCUUCUACAGCAAAGUAUCCACUGGAAGCGUUCCCAUCCCCUUUCAAAAUGAGAUGAUAGAGACGGAGUGCUUUAAAGAACUUAACAUCUUGAAUUUGGAUGGCACUGUGCCCCCUGACCUGGACUGGAGAGGUCAACCCUCACCCCCACCCAAACAGGGCUUACUGCAAAGACUCUUCGGCCGGCAGGACUGCUGUGGAAAUUGCAGCGACAGUGAGGAGGAGCCCACAAGGCUGUGAAGGCGUGGCCUGGUUGUGGCUCCUCCCCUACACCACUGAGGAUCUCAUUUGUUUACAGUUUUUGCACAUUUGUAUUUUUAAGAUAGCUCUAUAUAAACAUUGGAAUGUAUAUUUUCACUAUAUAACCAUGCAGUGUAUCGUAUUUAAAGUCAUCGAAAUGAAAAGGACAGAAAAUUAUUAUUGUCCUUGACGUAUGGAAAGGACACAUCGUUCAACACUGCUCAAGUCUCAAUCCCGGUUGACCCAACCGAUCCUGUACAUUUCUUCAGUAUGUCUUGCAGCCUCUUUGUGCUUUUUUCUUUUUUAGUUCUUGUACAAUUUCACACACACAUGUACAGUAUGCACUCUGAAUAUUUUUUGUUUUAGAUGCGGGGACAAGGGAAAUUUGCUUAAGCAGAUAUUUUUAUAUUUAUAUUUUGAAUUUUAUUUUCUUAUGGUAAUCUCGACAAUCAAUUGACACCAUUUGUAUAAAAACAGUGAUAAAUGUGCAUUAAUAGAAUAAAAAAAAAAGCAAAAA